GUUCCAGAAGUCACUUUUAUACUUGUUGAUUCACUAAGCACUUUCAGUUUCAGAUUACUGUAAUUCAGUGCUGUACUUUUCAUUCUUUCAUCACUUGGGGAAGUCCAGAAAGCCUCAUAACACUGGAGGAUAAAAUAACAGCCUGAUAACCCUGUGAGAUUCAGAGAGGAGAGAAGUCAUUCCACUCCAACCCAGGGAGAGUGCAGACAAGUGACAACCUUGGACAUGGCCUCUGAGAUCCACAUGUCAGGCCCUGUGUGCCUCAUUGAGAACAUUAAAGGACAACUGUUGGCUAAUCAGGAGGCCCUGGACAUCCUGUCUGCCAUCACGCAGCCUGUCGUGGUGGUGGCUAUUGUGGGCCUCUACCGCACAGGCAAAUCCUACCUGAUGAACAAGCUGGCUGGGAAGAAAAAGGGCUUCUCUCUGGGCUCCACAGUGCAGUCUCACACCAAAGGAAUCUGGAUGUGGUGUGUGCCUCAUCCCAGGAAGCCAGGCCACACCCUAGUACUGCUCGACACCGAGGGCCUGGGAGAUGUGGAGAAAGGUGACAACCAGAAUGACAGCUGGAUCUUUGCCCUGGCAAUACUCCUGAGCAGCACCUUUGUGUACAACAGCAUGGGAACCAUCAACCAGCAGGCCAUGGACCAACUGCACUAUGUGACAGAGCUGACAGAUCGAAUCAGAGCAAAAUCCUCACCUGAGGAGAAUGAGGUUGAGGAUUCAGCUGACUUUGUGAGCUUCUUCCCAGACUUUGUGUGGACUCUGAGAGACUUCUCCCUGGACUUGGAGGUAGAUGGAAAAUCUGUCUCAGCAGAUGAGUACCUGGAAAAUUCCCUGAAGCUAGUACAAGGUACCAGUCAAAAAGAUAAAAACUUUAAUCUUCCCCGACUUUGUAUCCGGAAGUUCUUCCCAAAGAAGAAAUGCUUUGUCUUCGAUAGGCCUGCUCAUCGAAAGAAGCUUGGUCAACUUGAGACACUGCAUGAUAAUGAGCUAGACUCUGAAUUUGUGCAACAGGUGGCAGGAUUCUGUUCCUACAUCUUCAACCACUCCAAAACAAAAACUCUCUCAGGAGGCAUCAAGGUCAAUGGACCUCGUUUACAGAACUUGGUGCUGACCUACAUCAAUGCCAUCAGCAGUGGGGGUCUGCCCUGCAUGGAGAACGCAGUUAUGGCAUUGGCGCAGAUCGAGAAUGCAGCUGCAGUGCAAAAGGCCACAGCCCACUAUGUCCAGCAGAUGCACCAGCAGUUGCAGCUGCCCACAGAAACCCUCCAGGAACUGCUGGACCUGCACAGGGCUUGUGAGAAAGAGGCCAUAGAAAUUUUCAUCAGGAAUUCCUUCAAAGAUGUUGACCAAGUAUUUCAAAAGGAAUUAGGGACUCAUCUAGAAACAAAGCGGGAUGAGUUCUGCAAACAGAAUAUGGAUGCAUCUUCAGAUCGUUGCUCAGGUUUAGUUCAGGAUAUUUUCAGUCCCCUAGAAGAAGAAGUGAAACAGGGGGUAUAUUCUAAACCAGGAGGCUAUCGACUCUUUAUUCAGAAGAUACAAGACCUGAAGAAAAAGUACUAUGAGGAACCCAGGAAAGGAAUACAGGCUGAAGAGAUUCUGCAGAAAUAUUUGCAGUCCAAGGAGGAUGUGACUGAUGCAAUCCUACAGACAGACCAGACUCUCUCAGAAAAGGAAAAGGAAAUUGAAGUGGAACGCGUGAAAGCUGAAUCUGCACAGGCUGCAGCAAAAAUGUUGGAGGAAAUGCAGAAGAAAAAUGAGCAGAUGAUGGAACAGAAAGAGAAGAGUUACCAGGAACAUUUGAGACAGUUGACUGAGAGGAUGAACACGGAAAGGGCCCAAUUGAUGGCAGAGCAAGAAAAGACUCUUGCUCUGAAACUUCAGGAACAAGCCCGACUACUAAAGGAGGGAUUCAAAGAGGAGAGCAGACAGCUUCAUAAUGAGAUACAGAAUCUCAAGAAGAACAUGGAAAGACCCAGGCCCAGAUGUGUCAUAAGCUAGAGACCUUUCCUCUUACCCUCAUCCAAGGCACAGCUGAAG